GGGAAGCAGCGCGCGUCUCGCCGCACGGCGCGGCCUCGGCGGGAAGAGGGGUAACGGCGUACGGUCUCUAUCCAUCCAUCCAUUCCUCCGUCCCUCCGCGGUAGAUGUUGCUGAAACCGUGUGUCAGCUGCAGCCUGCAUGUCCGCCCUGGGUGGAGCGUUCUCCUUUGUCGAGCUGGGAGCCGUUCUCCUGCCUCAGCCGAGCAGAAGAGGAGCUAGCGAGGAGAAGGAAGAGAGCUGGAGUUGAUGUGGGAGAAGUUCGUGUGCAGGAGAGUCUGGCUAAAUUAUAUCCUGGGUAUAUGUCUUGGGAGCAUCUUUCAGCCUCAAAUGGAAAUGAUCUGAGUUUGAGAGAGCCCUUUCCCAUAUUCCACUUAGGAGCUGGUGGACUGUAAGAAGGCGAUCAAUAUCCACAAAGGAAAAGGAUUUCUGGCUUCUUGGAGAAACAGUAGAAAAUGCAAAACGAAAUAAUAAAGCCUGCUAAAUACUUCUCGGAAGUGGAGAAGAGUGUGCUGCUUGCUCUAGUGGAGAAGUACAGAUACGUACUUGAAUGUAAAAAAAGUGAUGCGAGGACUAUUGCUCUGAAACAACGCACCUGGCAAGCAUUAGCACAUGAAUAUAAUUCACAGCCCAGUGUAUCUCUGCGAGACUUCAAACAGUUAAAGAAAUGCUGGGAAAAUAUCAAGGCACGGACAAAAAAGAUAAUGGCACAUGAAAGGCGGGAGAAGGUAAAAAGCAUUAGUCCACUUAUAAAUACUCACAUCAUAGGGAAGGAGAAGAUUGCCAGCAUAAUGCCUGAGCAAAUAUACUUUUUGCAGAGCCCACCAGAAGAAGAUUCUGAAUAUCAGCCUGAUGCUUCUAGUCAAGAGUCGUUUGUUGUCUCAAAUAGAGAACUUUGUGAUGAAGAGAAAGAGCUGAUACAUUUCCCAGUGUGUGAAGGUACCUCCCAGCCUGAGCCUUCGUGUUCUGAUGUCAGAAUAGCAGCAGAUAAGAACUACAGAAGCAAAGCAUCUCAGGAAAGUGCUCUGAAAAAGAUGCAUGAGGAAGAACAUCAUCAGCAAAUGUCAAUUUUGCAACUGCAGUUAAUCCAAAUGAAUGAAGUUCACGUGGCAAAAAUACAACAAAUAGAAAGAGAGUGUGAGAUGGCUGAAGAGGAACACAGGAUAAAAAUGGAAGUGCUAAAUAAAAAGAAAAUGUAUUGGGAGAGAAAAUUGCAGACCAUCACAAAAGAGUGGCCUGUAUCAUCCUUUAACAGACCCUUUCCUAAUUCACCGUAGAACAGAAAGUGGCAGAAUUAAUCUGACUGAGCACAUUUAUAAGUAAUGCACACUGGAAAGAUGGUUUUUUAAUGUGAAUGUACAGUGACAGAAUAGGUGCCCAGCUGAUAGUGAACACACUUUGAUUCUUAACAUUUAUGGCAACAGUGGUAGAGCCUACCAAGGGAAAACAGUUUGAUUGUGGGUAAUUCUGACCUGUGUAACUUCCCCUCGCAGAAUACCCUGGCAUCCUUUUGAAAUUCAAGGUAUUCUGGGCAGUCAUACAUUGAGUACAUUGAGUAUUCUUUAAAAAAAAAAAAAAAAAAAAAAAAAAAAAAAAAGGUUUUGAACAUCUGGUUACAGUAUUUAUUUUGAUUUCUGUCUCUUCAUGUUUGUCUUUUCCUGAAUGAAGGCAGGGGUUAGAAUUGCUCUCUCCUAUUGAGAGAAAAGGUGAUUAACAGUGAUGCUCAGAUUGUUACACUGGGGCACAGAAAAACAAAACAGAACUUGUCCUUGGUUAAUAUACAGUCCCUAAACCAUUCUUUGUAGAGGAUGUGAAAAUGAAGGAAGUAGCAAAAGGAGCACUGUGGUAAUUGAGUGCUUUGCUUGUGAAGAACAACAGUGAUGUUUUCUAGCUGGCUGGCUGGCUGAGAGAGUGGUUUGUGGAGUGGCCCUCGUGUUCCCUUAUGAAGUUGUGAAGAAGGUGACUUCUUCCCAAAAGCCACUUGUCCUCUCCUUUCCAGGACUAUCUUGUAUUCAAGUAGAAUGCUGAAAUAGGAGGGAUGCUUGCUGCUGCCAAUGCUGUGUGCUGCUCCCUUGGAGUCAUUGUGAGGGGAAGGGCUACUUAAUUAUUCAUACAGCUCUCAAAAUGUGGCAAGUCACCUAACCCACUGGCAAAAUCUGCCUUUGUUUCCCCAUGAGAUACUUGAUGGUUUAGCAGCUAACUAGCUACAAAAGAGGCUAAGUAAGCCUUGUUAUCUUUUCCAAAGUUUUGGGUGAGAAGCAGUGCAAGGGGGGUCAUUCCUGUCUUGGAGCUCUGUUUUAUUCUGUUGUAUGUGUUAAGGUGAUGUAUUUCUUGCCUUCGCUGUCACUGAGGGGUGAUGGACCUAAUUUGUAUAAAAACAUUCCCAUGAAAGCCCUCACAGACGGGGGCCAAGAAUAGUAGAUGGUAGGAAAGCACAAAUAAAGAUAAUCCUUCCUCCAGCAA